UUAAAAAAAUGUUAAAUGAAAAACGCGGUUUUUCUUAGCGAAAAGUGUGAAAAAACGGCGGAGAAAAAUUUUACAUCAGCAAAAGAGACGAGAGGAAAAUUUUGUGUGUACCAACGAAGAAGUGACGAAAACGCAACAUACGAAGACGGAUAAACAAGGCGAGGAGUGAGUGCGAGAAAGUACGCGUUAGUUGUUGGUCUCCAAACUGAGGUGGGAAAGAGAGAGAGUUGUCUAUUAUCAUUUAUACAAGAUUAUAAGGAAAGGGUUUUUCGCAUUAUUAUCAUAGAAGGUGGUUUCUAUAAACCAAGUGGAUAUGAUGGAAAGUUUCGAAGAAACUCAUAUAGGCACUUCACAUUCUGAUAAGCGUGAUUUGCAUGAUGUGAAAAUACAUGAAACAUGUUUGUCGGCCAAUUGUACAACACUCGUGGCCAGUAAACAGAGUUUUGAUUUUGGCGCCGAAAUAGUUGAUACACAAACAAUAACACCAAAACGCGAAAGCAAUAUGAAAACAAACUGCGAAAGUAUAGCAACAACUGCAACAGUGGCGGUAGCAGCAUCUACCUCGCCUGAUGAAAUUCCAGCGGCAAAUAUUGAAACACCAUUGAAUGUUGUCGAACUGCCAACAAAAGACAAUUGUAUAAAUGAAGAAGACGAUGAAGAUGAUGAUGGCGAAGAUGACGGCGCUGACAGUUAUCAAACAGACGAUGAUUUAUUGGAGGAGGGAAACGAGGAGUCCCAAGAAUUUAGUGGUAAUACAAAUAAUGAAGUUUCCCAGAACAGUGACGAGUCCACAUCUGAUUCGGAUUAUUCUGAUUUGAGUGGCUUAUCGGAUAUGUCUGGCCGUGAAUGGAAACCAAUAAGCGCACGCCCAAUUAACUGGGUACAAAAGCAAAUUCACGCUGGCGCUAAUCCGCGUGAUUUACUUUCACAAAUGUUGCCUUCCAAUGCACAUCCAAUAGCGCCAGGUGUGAAUGACAUGAUGCUAUGGCGCAUUCUGGCUAGCAUGCUAUCCGAACCGCCGCGACGCCAGAAACUACGUUAUAUCAACACAUUUGAAGAUGUCAUACAGUUGAUACAACAAUCCACAAAUAUUAUUGUGUUAACUGGUGCCGGUGUAUCUGUAUCUUGUGGCAUACCAGACUUUCGUUCUAGUGAUGGUAUCUACAGUCGUUUGGCAAAAGAUUUUCCCAAUUUGCCUGAUCCACAAGCUAUGUUUGACAUCAACUACUUUUCACGUGAUCCACGACCAUUCUUCAAGUUUGCUCGCGAAAUAUAUCCAGGACAAUUCAAACCGUCACCAUGUCAUCGUUUCAUUAAAUUACUCGAAGAUAAGCAAAAACUUUUAAGGAAUUAUACACAAAACAUUGAUACGUUGGAACAGGUGGCUGGCAUUAAAAAUGUUAUUGAGUGCCAUGGUUCGUUCUCGACCGCUUCUUGCACCAAAUGCAAAGUUAAGUGCACCGCUGACGCAAUACGUGAAGAUAUUUUCUCACAGCGCAUCCCAGUCUGUAGACGUUGCCAGCCGAAUGUGCAUCAGAGUGUGAACGCUUCCGAUGCUGUAUCUGACGCUGACCUAAGACAACUUGUGGAGAAUGGUAUAAUGAAGCCAGACAUUGUUUUCUUUGGCGAAGGUCUUCCUGAGGAGUUUCAUACAGUCAUGGCAAGUGACAAGGAUAAAUGCGACCUGUUAAUUGUUAUAGGUUCUUCUCUUAAAGUGCGGCCGGUAGCAUUGAUCCCCAGCUCAAUACCAGCUAAUGUUCCGCAAAUACUUAUCAAUCGCGAGCAAUUACAUCAUCUUGAAUUCGAUGUGGAAUUAUUGGGAGAUUCAGAUGUUAUUAUUAAUCAACUUUGUCAUCAUUUGGGAGACGAUUGGAAAGAAAUCUGCUACGACAAUGUUGUAUUAAAAGAAUCGAAAGAACUUUUACCCUUGGAAGAGGAAGACAACAACGAUGAAUGCGAGGAGUACGCCCAACAGAUGCUAGAUACGGACACACAAUCUGUCAAGUCCAGCGCAUCCACAGAUAUAGCGCUACGCUCAGCGGGUGCCUAUUCAGACAGCGGAUUCGAAUCCUCCACAUCGUCUGGCAUGGUGCUAGCUAAACCCAUUGCUACAGUGGCAAAUAGUGAGGCUAACGAAGCGAUUGAGAAAAUCAAGAGCACCAUAUUAGAACUUAAUCAUCCGUUAACAAAGACACACGAAGCGAGCGAUUUAGAAACAGUAGACUACUUAGUAGAUCCCCAAGAUGCAGAGGAUUUCGAAAAUCGUUCAUUUCAGCCAUUCAAUGCGCGCGUGAGCGAGCCCCAACAUCACUCCACCUACGGUAUGCAUGCGCGGCACUUAUCCGUAGACUCGUCAAAAGACAGUGGUAUUUUGGGCGACUCAUCAAACUCUGCGCUUAUUUCGAACAAUAUUGUUGGCACACUACCGCCACCAAUUACAAAUUUCGGUGAUAGUGGUGGCACAACUACCUUGGAAAACUUGAAAACCGCCACAACAACCUGCGCAGACAACACACCAACCACACCAGCAACAACAGAUACAACGGUAGAGACUACGCAAGAAAUAUCAAAAGAAUUAGUAGAAAAUAAAUCGGCAAAUAUCGCCUUACGACGCGUUGUCAAAAAAUACAGUACUGCAGCGCAACGGUUGCUUGAAGGCACCUACUAUGCACAUGACACCGUUUCAGCUUACGUAUUCCCAGGCGCACAAGUAUCGUGGUGGUCUGAUAUGGAGGACGAAGAUGGGGACAAUGACAUUAUCGGCAAUGUUUACGACGAUGAAGAUGAGGAUGACAUUGAUGCUAAUGGUGGACCUCUAUCGCCACUCUUACCGCCAUCAGUGGAAGCAGAGGUUGUUAGUGAAAUAACAACAACAAGUGCAUUCGCAAUUUGCGCCAAACAAACGCUACCGGUGGUAUACAACAAGAUCAGCCACGAAGUACGCAGCAAUGAGACGGAAGUACAAAUUGUUGAUCAACCAACUGGGACUAUCGUAAAUAAUACAACAGCAACAGCUACAACAACAUAUGCCUGCAGCACAACAGAAAGUAGCGCAUACAAGUGCGAAGCUGUGACAGUGCCGCCAACGUUCGCUUCAUCACCACAAAAGAGAGCUUGUGAAUGCCCGCCAACGCUUGGCAAUAACAGUUAUGCAAAUGCCGCCACAAACGAAAGUAAUCGAAGCAAUGAUGGUAGUAUUUGCAAUAGCAGUAAUAGUGAUAAUGACAAAUGUGUAUUCAGUCCGCCUCCCAUUAAGCGUAUACGCUCAACAGAUGAUAACAAGACCGCUGUGGAUGAUGUUGAGCAAACUACAGAUUUGGCUACAGUUCUUACACCGACAAGUAGUGUGAGUGCAGUGGAAAGCAGUGUGGCAGUUGCAAUGAAACAGCUGAGUACAAGCACAGACAACACGUCGUCGCCAUUAGGAGCAACAACAUUGCAGAAUUAAGUGUAUGUAUUUAUUUUGGUAUGACUAAUAACGGACCUUACACCGACCGCUUUGGCUUAUUCUUGCGCAACUUUAAUUGAAUAGGAAUAGGGAAGGGAACGAAACAAUAACAAACAAAUGUUUGCAUAAAUUAAAUUUAUUUAUUUUUUUGCUAUAUUUUAAUAGAAUUAUAACUGUACAUAAAUAUAUGCAUUUGACACUUGUCCAAUUAAACAAAGAAGUUUUUUGUAAAGUGAA